GUUGUACACAAGCACAUGGCAUAAAACAACUUGCCACUUUCAUUUUGCAUUUUGAUUUACAUACCCUUACACCGAAAAUUCGCGGUUCCAUGUUGAGGCAGCUAUUAAUCGCUCCUGUUGGUUCGACGAUAGCUAAAAGUUACAUAAACUGCUCCAGCAAACAAGUUUUCAAGUGCUUCUCAACAUCAUCCCGCUCUGCGAUGUCUCUGGAGCAGGCCAAGAAGAUUGCCGCGUUCAAGGCGGUCGACGAGUACGUCCGGAACGACACGGUGGUGGGCGUCGGAAGUGGUUCCACCGUGGUGUACGCCGUCCAGCGGUUGGCCGAACGGGUUAAGGCUGAGGGGCUGCGGUUGGUGUGCAUUCCGACGAGCUUCCAGGCGAGGCAGCUGAUUAUUGACGCCGGGCUGGUGUUGGGAGAUCUGGAGCAGAACCCGCGUAUUGACUGUGCGAUUGACGGGGCGGACGAGGUGGACGCGGACAUGGUGCUGAUCAAGGGCGGUGGCGGAUGUCUGCUGCAGGAAAAGAUCGUGGCUUCGUGCGCCGCCCAGCUGAUUGUGAUCGCGGACUACACGAAGGAUUCCAAGCGGCUCGGCGAGCAGUACAAAAAGGGAAUCCCCGUCGAGGUCGUCCCGAUGGCGUACGUGCCCAUCCGGGAUCGCAUCGCGGCCAAGUUCGGUGGAAAGUUGCAGCUGCGGAUGGCCGUUGCCAAGGCCGGUCCGGUCGUAACGGACAACGGUAACUUUAUCCUCGACUGGCACUUCCCCGACACAAUCGUGAACGGGUGGGACGAAAUCAACCGGGACAUUAUGAUGAUCCCGGGGGUGGUGGAGACGGGACUGUUUGUCAAAAUGGCCACCAAAGCGUACUUUGGACUGGCGGAUGGAUCGGUCAUCGAACGAAGUGCCUAAACUCUCCCAGGAUCGUAUACAAUUCUCACUCAAAGUUUAUUUUCCACGAUUUCGUGUAUGUCUUUUUGUUUUUCAACUUACUUUUUCGCACUAUCCUCAAUAAAUAUAUGUAACAAAA